GCCCCUUCAAGCAGCCGGUGCCGCCUUCCCGCCGCAGCGAGGUCUGGGAGAAGAUGGCGGCGGCCGCAGGUUGGGCCGUGCUGGGCCUGGCGCUGUGGCUGUGCGCGGCAGCCGGGGCCGCCGAGACGGAGGGAAAGCAGCGGGCAGGGCCGCCCAAGAAGAAGGACAUUCGGGACUACAACGACGCGGACAUGGCCCGGUUGCUGGAGCAGUGGGAGAAAGAUGAUGACAUUGAAGAGGGGGAUCUUCCUGAACACAAGAGGCCUCCAGCACCCAUAGAUUUCUCAAAAAUUGAUCCAGGAAAGCCUGAAAGUAUUCUGAAGUUGACAAAAAAGGGAAAGACUUUGAUGAUGUUUGUCACGGUGUCAGGAAAUCCCACAGAAAAGGAAACAGAAGAAAUUACUAGCUUGUGGCAGGGCAGUCUCUUCAAUGCAAACUAUGAUGUUCAAAGGUUUAUUGUUGGCUCCAAUCGUGCCAUCUUUAUGCUACGUGAUGGUGGUUAUGCCUGGGAGAUCAAGGACUUUCUGAUAAAUCAAGAAAGGUGUGCAGAUGUUACUCUGGAAGGUCAGGUUUAUCCUGGCAAAGGAGCAGAAGAAAGUGAAAAAUCAAAAAACAAAACCAAACCUGAAAAAGCAAAGAAGAAAAAAGAUGCAGACAAGAAAUCUCAGAGCAUGAAAGAGGACAACCGAGCAACCAAACAGAAAGAGGAUUUAUGAUGGACCUGUUAACCAGACUGAAUAUUGCUCUGCUCUUCCCUGAAGGGAAACUAAAUUUCCAUGCAAUUCCUGGCUUUACUGGGGGGUGGGGAAGGAGGGAAGCAGAGAUUACUGCGGUUAAAAGACUUCUAUGUUGAAAUUCACCAGUUUGCUUACUAAUGUUGGUCAUUUGUUUAGUUACAGGGAAGGUUAUGUUUAAUAUACCAGCAGACCACUUUAGUUUGUGAUUUUGAAUGCUUUUGGUAUGUUUAAAAUUAAUGUACAAAUCUGUGUGUCUAACACAGCAAACUUCAGUGGAAAAGAAGAAAUACAGCCUCAGAAUACACUGAUGUUCAUCUGUAGCAGCCACAUCCAUCUUGAGUGUGCAAGUUGGUUAUUAAUUCAUAGCUGAUGCUAAGUAGCCAAGAACAGUGCUAAAAGAUUGUCUUGAGAGGCAGUUUGCUUGACUCAUUUGGCAAAAGCUUCCUGAAACUGCAAAUAGUGUUACAGCAGCCAAAGUUGCCUGAAAUUACAGGGCUUAGGACAUGUCUGGUUAGACUGCCUAUUUCUUUAAAAUAAAUAAAACCCUUUCUAUCUAUCUGCAGAAAUCCAUGGAAGUGCUUAGGAGCAUGGUAGGAGGUACAUACAUAUUUGGCUAAUGCACUCCAGAUCAGUGUAGAGAGGGAUUCUGUACUCAGCAGAAGUGAUGCUGGAAUGUUAAUGGACUUGCAGUACCUGCAUGGGGUGUGUUGGAGUGGAAAGGAAAAGUCAAAUUCAUGGCAUUCAGGUUGCUGUUGCUGCCAAAGACCUUUGCCUAUGGAAGCAGAUACUGUGUAAGCCCCAUUAUAUAGACAGUUAGCUAAGAGCAGAAGCUUUAACUCUGAAAUUUAUUUCUUUUUCUAGCUUAUGGGUUUGUUUAAAUCUUUGAAAAAGCACUAGGUACAGUACAGAGUUAAACCUAGAGUUGAACAUAUCACUUACUGAUGUUUAAUAACCAGAUUAUAUUUUUGGGGGUACAGAUCCCCAUCUGAUAUGGUUGAUUGUAAAUGAACAUUUGACUUAAAUACUGAAAAGUUUGAUGUGUGGGAACAAAUUUAAUUUUUCCUUAAAAUACUUUGUAUAACUGGGAAGGUUUUAUUAUUAUUUAGAUUGCAUUCAGUCAAAUACUUUUCUUAGAAUUGUUUCCCAUCUGCCUUACUAUGUAACAUGGACUAAAGGCACCUAAUAUGUAUGGUCCACAUCAUUUUCUAGAAGAUGAGCACAGUAUUAACUGUCUUCAUUCAGUGCUACUAAGAUGUUACUUUGACUUUUUAUUUAAGGUGCUAAAAUCCAAAUGCUUUGGAUAAAAGGUCCUAAUUGAACCAUAAUGGUUGUUAUUGUGGAAUACUUCGGUAUCAAAAGUGGGAAAGUGUGACUUACAGAGUGCUUGUUCUGAAAUAAAAGAUGUUGCUAAA